GUUCGCGUGAUUUCUUGUGACAGUAUAAACUAUAUUUUGUAGCAUAUUGCACGGGCGUCCAACCACCCAGUUAACCCAUUUGUUUUAUAGCGAUGGGCAUGGACCUACACUUUGGGUGGAAAUUGCGAUGCACAAGUCUCGCUCGUCUGUAAAGAUUAGCAUUUGGUCAGACGGUGAUGCCGCAGCGAAGGGCAGCAUCGUUAAAACUGUCAAGCUAGUCAAUAGAUAUUUACAACGGUUGCGCUUGGCAGAACAAUGGCCGAUGGGCAACCGAAGGGGCUGGCUGUUGCUGUGCCUGGCGGCAACAGGAGGACUUGCACUGCUUAUCCUACUUCGUGCAGCGUCCUUUAUCGGUGAAGGUCUGGUGCAGCAGGCGCAAGGAGACCAGUACGCCGUGUACAUAGACGGCGGCAGCAGCGGCACCCGUGUGCGAGUGUUUCGCUACCGCCCCGCCAGAUGGCCCGCCUACGUGGUGCUGGUGCUGCCAGAGCCCAGCCGCUCCGUGGAACCAGGCUUGUCAGCCUACGCCAACCAGCCGGACAGAGCUGCAGCCAGUUUGGUGCCGCUGCUGGACUUCGCAUAUGAGCAGGUUCCAAUGGAGCUAUGGCACCAGACUCCGGUUCGACUCCUGGCAACAGCGGGGCUGCGGCUCUUGGAUCAACAAGAGCAGGAGGCCAUUCUGGGGUCGUGUCAGCAGCUUUUGGCGGCCUCUCGCUUCCGGUUCGAGCCCUCCUGGGCUACCGUAAUUGACGGGGAGAUGGAGGGACUCUUUGGCUGGGCGGCAGUGAACUACUUGACGGGCGCCCUGCAGGAGGCAUCCGCCCACAGCCACCACAGCCGCAAGGAGGUGAUGGACCCCGCGCAGCUGUUCACAGGCCUGUUGGAGAUGGGAGGCGCCAGCGUGCAAGUCACUUUCCUGCCGCCGGUGACCGCCAAGCAGGCGGAGAGGCACGGCUCGCACCUGCAUUUGCCAGGCGUGCCUUCCCGCCUCUUCACCCACAGCUACUUGGGCUUGGGUAUGGACUCGGCACUGGCCCAGGCUGCGGAGUACGUGCUGCGACAUCAGCCCCGGUCGCCAGCCAUUUCGGACCCUUGCCUGCCCAUCGGGUACGUUAGCGAGGAUGGGAGAAUAGGCAACGGCUCUUUCGCGCAGUGCAUGGCUGUCGUCCAGCGGAUCAUGCCUGAACACGAUUGCUUCCCUUCUCAAUCAGCUGCAGCAGCCGUGGGAUCGUCUGGUGGCAGGGCAGAGGCCUCGGAAACCGGGCGGAAGAUCACUGAAGAAGGCGAGAACGCCGCGUCCGGCGGCUACGAUGAUGAUCCUGCGGUGGAUGCGCAUUCGUCCUCUCGCGCCGGCGGCGGCUCCGUGGCGUCUGUUGCAGGCGAAGGCGGAGGCUGUGUUUUGCAGGGCAGCUUUCUGCCGGUGCUGUCCGGCCGGUUUGUUGCCGUUGAAAAUUUCGCUUGGACGGCGCGAGCCCUAGGGCUGCACGAGAAUGCGACGCUGCGGCAGUUGCGUGAGAGCGGCCACCACUACUGCGCCAAGCAUUGGUCCAGUCUUCAUGCGGAAUUUAGCGGCCACAUACCCGAUCAGUUCCUGGUUCGCUACUGCUUCGGGGCGGCCUACAUCCUGGCCCUCCUGCACAGCGGAUUCGGCCUGGGGCUGGAUGACGGCCGGCUGUGGUGGACGAACACCGUGCGUGAGGCCGGCGAGGGCGCAGAAGUGGGGCUCAACUGGGUCCUGGGUGCGGCCGUGGUGGACGCCAUGAGCAGCUCUGGCGGCGUAGGCGGUGGAGAGGAGCACAACCGUGGCGGCGCCGCCGGGUCCCAGCGCUUCUGGCUUCGUGAUGAGCAAGGCAUGGCGGCUGCCACGGGCAGCGCUCGAAUGGUAUUAAUGCUGCCGUUGGCGGCGCUAGCAGCGCUAGCGGCAUUCGUUGGGCUGGCGCUGCUGCGUAUCUUGCGGAGCGGCAAGGCUCGCAUAGUGACACUAACGCCGGGCAGCGGCGGCGGUGCUGGCGCGCUAUUCAGCAGCCGAGGCUUUGGGGCAGGCAGCGAGGAGCGUGCCAGGACGGGUGGCGGCGGCAGGGCGGCAGGGGUUGCGACGUCUUGGUCGUCGACUUCAUUGGUCUCUGAGGUUGCCGCGGGGAGGUCGCUGCCCGGGAUAACCGUACGGGAUGCUAGCAGCCUUGACCCAGGGUUAGGGCAGAGUCCAGGCGCGGAUGUAGGGCAACGGGGACAGGGGUUUUGGUACGCGGGGAUGGGGCAGGGAGCAGGGGCUUCACACGAGGGGGGAGUUGCGGGGGUUAAGCAUGGGGGCGUCCUGAAGGCGGCUGCGCUCCUGGGAUCUGCCAUGCGUCGCAAUCCUUCCUUCACGAGCGUAUUGAUAGGUGUUGAAGGUCUUUCUCUCGACAAGUUCGCCAAGUUAGGUGUUAGCCAAUUUGACAAGCGGAAGAAACUUGAGCGCAUUAAAAAGCAGAAGAUAAUUGAAUACAGCAAAUACAAAAAGCUUAAGCAUAAACUCGAGGCGCAGGGCGUCCUUUCAGGGGCGCCCGUUAAAGACUCGGUCGCAGAGCUGGAGGCUUUGGACUUUGACGCCCCUUUAAAAUCUGCCGCCGGCUCUGCGGACGAGCCGGCGAGUCAUGAGGAACGAAUUGUUUCGCACACGCGGGCAGGACCAAGCAGCAGGCCGCGGCAUGGCUCGGAGCCAAAGGCACAGACACCUGCUAUCCCAGAUGCGGCUGAGGUGCCAGGGGCCCGUGGUCCGUCCUGCGGUGGCCAACGUAAAACGGAGCAGCCAGGAGCUGGCGUGCGGAAGCGGGCCCGGGUAGAUGACUCUGUAGCAGCUCAAUUCAAACAGCCCAGCCGGCACAAGGGGCCAGACAGCAAGUGCGCCGAUUGGAACGCCGUACCGGACGAGGAUGGGGAUGCGAUGGUAGAGUAUGCUGCUCGCAGCGGCGAUAAGCAGCCUGCAGGUGCAUCAGCAGCCCACCGUGGGGAGCAGGGGCAGGUUUCGGAGCGCCAGGGGUCACGUGAGGGGGACAACCGCGGUGUCAAAAAGCUGUCACGGUUGCAACGGCUGGCGCAGCGGGUGGCCGAAGAGAAGGCGGAGAAGCAGCGAGCCAAAGAGACGGCAAUGAAGGAGCGGGAGGAGCGUUUGAAACAUGUGGCAGCCGCUGAGAAAUCCCGUAAGGAGCAGAAGCACUUGCACUUCAAGCGUAACGCCAAGGGGCAGCCGCUGAUGAGAUAUCGGAUGGAGAAGCUGCUUUCGCAGAUCCAGAAGACGGUUUAAUUUUUGAACUGAUGGGAGUUUCGCCUGGUCAGAUGCGGGGUUUGUGACCGGCCUACCGUCGCACGUUAUUGACGUGGCAGCUGCAAGCAACAGCUGGUGUCCAGUGUGGUUCUGCAUCACAAGCGCCACGGGCAUGCCGUUGUCGCAAUUACGGCUAGAUACACCUGAGGAUGGCUUAUUUCCUGCGCGCGGCUGCUGCAACUGGGUCCGUAGCUACCAAACUUGAAUAGCACUCCUUGUAAUGUAUUCAUGCAUU